AUGGCCUCUUCAAGCACCCAGGUGGCCAGCAUCAAGCAGGCACCUCCGGAGGUUUUCCAUGCCUGGAGCAGACAGGGCGCCCGUGGCAUUGAGGGGGACGAGCCCCCAAUGUCGACCCUUAAGGAGAUCUUUGCCCAUCUCGCCAAAAGGGCAAUGAGCCUGGGACUAGGCCGGGUACUGGAACGCCUGGAGAGGUUUCCUCUCCGGACGGCUACCGUGUGCUCCGGGACCGAGAGUCCCCUCAUUGCCCUGCAGAUGAUAAUGCAGGGUCUCGGACCAAUUGACGGUCCGCUUUUCAGGAUGGUUCACACUUUCAGCUGUGAAAUCGUCGCGUUCAAGCAAGCCUUAAUUGAACGCAACUUUGGGCCCGCCCACCUCUUCAGGGAUCUCCGAGACCUAGGAGGUGACGUGGCUCAAACAGCCUACGGGUCACUGGAUUUGAUCCCCGGUGACCUAGACAUCCUGAUUGCGGGAACGGCGUGUGUCGACUACUCGAUGCUAAACUCCAGCAGACCAGAGAAGGGAAAAGGCGAGUCGGCCUCUACUUUCAAUGGUCUCUUGGCCUAUGCGGAAAAGUAUAGACCUCGCCUCGUCAUUUGCGAGAACGUUCGGGGAGCCCCAUGGGACGACUUUGUGAAAUCGUGGAAUGCAAUCAACUAUUCGGCAACGUACCAACUUGUCGACACUAAGAAUUACUACCUCCCACACACCCGCGAGCGAGGUUAUCUGAUUGCUAUCGACAACCGUCGUAUGAAGAAUCUCGGCUUCGAUGAAUCCGCCAUCGAAAGCAUUUUAUCCAACGCCCAAGACUUGAUUCUCGAGUUCCAGCGCCCGUGUAGCUCACCAACAAGCCAAUUCUUACUGGGUGAAGAUGAUCGGCAACUAGAGCAAGUUGAGAGAGAUAACUUGACACGCCUUCAAUCCCUUACCGAGCAUGGUGAAACAAGUUGGCUUCGAUACCAAGUGCGACACCAGGAACUUCGAGACAGGAUAAAAACUGGAGAUCAACGAACAAUCAGUCGUUCACAACCCGGGGGUGCCAGUUGUACGGCGCCCGACUUUUACAAACAUACAUGGUUCAAAAAACAAGUGGAGCGAAUCUGGGAGACACUCGACAUCAAAUACCUCAUGGCCCUUUUGAAAAAGUAUGACUUUCACUACAAGGAACAAUACAUUGAUCUGUCUCAAGGUGUUGACCGUGGAAGUGAUAGUAUCAACAACUUUGGGGUGACUGGAUGUCUGACCCCAUGUGGUAUUCCAUUUUCAACCAUUCGUGGUGGUCCUCUCACUGGUAUUGAGGCUCUACUCCUUCAAGGCCUCGCAGGUGAAAACAUUAUUCUGUCCCACGAAUCCUCCAGACAACUUCAAGAUCUUGCCGGAAAUGCUAUGUCUUCUACCGUUGUUGGCGCAGUGAUGUUAGCCACACUUAUUGCAUGUUCUGAGAUCUUAGAAGACCGAACCGAUUAUGGCCCCCCGGGAGCCCAUGGUGGCUCAAAGAAGAAGAAUGAAAUUCUCCCACCCCCAGUGUGCAAAAUACAGACAGGCCACAGUCUUGCUGAUGCCAUUGUGGACAAUGUGGAAUCAAAAAACAGCUCGUCCGAUGAUAAGGACCUACCGACCAGUGAGUUUGGUUGCAGCAAGGAACGUUGGUCGGCUCUCGAAGCACAAUCUGUGUUAGCCGCUCGUUACUGUUAUUGUGAAAAACAGACUCAGAAGAAGCUCAAAAUCCUCAAGUGCAUUGAUUGUGGUCAUACAGCCUGCGAGGCUUGUUCUGGAAACCCCCCUCACUCUUACAAAUCGAUGGUGCUUAAUGAAGAUCGAAUCCAGCCACUGCAGUUUAUGAAGACACUGAAAGAGGGAAUCCCCUUGCGAUUCAAGAUUUCCGGUUUAUCGAGCAAGGAAUUUGAACGCUUCAAGGAAGAAACAGUUCGAAUCUGUGACGCGUACCAGUACAAAUUUGAAAAGCCUAUCGAGAAAGAUAACUUCCAAGAUCUUGAGGAUAUCUCCAACCCCGACGAACCCGAAGUCAUCUGGGGGAAAUACAUCUCUUCUGUUCAAAAUGCCCUAAGCGAAGUGGUACGGUUCACUGAUAUCAAGCGGAGAGAGAUUUGGACCAUGUACUUUGACAGCAAGUGGGCUAGUCUCCAUAUUGAGAUCGAUCAUGAUGGCCAUGAAUUCUUGCUGUUCGCCAAAGCUCCUGAGGAUACUCCAUCUCUGAGCAUAUUAAGAGAGAUUCUCGCAAAGCCAAUUGCACGAAUGCGAACAAAGGGCUCGUCUUCAGAUAUUUGGGAAAUCAUGGAGCCUCUCAGCACUAGGUUCAAUAUCGAGGUGAACGGUUCAGGUCACCAAGUCAAGUCAUACAUACUGGAGUGCGGCAUCACUGAAGAGAACAAACAAGAUGAGAAGUUAUGGGCUGAACUCAACGUUUUCUGUAAGCCAAGUGAUCUGGAUCUUCUUGACCAGGAUCUGAAUGGGGUUUAUGAGCAUCUCCCCAACUGUGGAACUGCCAUGGGCACCUUGUAUAAGAAGAAAACUUCACAAGGCGAAACUCCCAUCUUUCUGUUCCUUGAUCCACGGAAGUAUGGAGAGAUUGUUGAAGACUCAUAUGUAUUCUCCGUCGAGCACCGAAGAAACCCAGGAUAUGAAGUCCGAAAGGUCAUUGCAGAGGUUGAAUGCCAAUGGGACCUCACAAAAAUGACCAACGAGGCAGUCACAAAGAUGGCUUUUGCCAGACGCGCCCAUAAAGCUCCUGGAAUGACUCUCCUCCCUCUUGAUGACCACUCAAUCUCCUACCAGCACCUGGAUUCUGAGAACGUCAUUGACUUCCCGGGCACAAGUUGCCACGAAAGAUACAUUCCCAUCCUAUCGAUGACUGACCUAUCUUGCUGUCAGACCUUACAAACGGCCUUGGCGUCGGAUUGGAAGCACAUCAAGCCUGAAAAAGCUCAGGAGGAACUCCAAGAAAUCACCUGGACUCUUCAGAGAAUCGGUGAUCUUUCAGCCUUCGAGAAAUGGCGCCCUGUUCAGCCAACAUCACAAAUACCUACGACUGGCUCAAUAUGUCACGAUUGCAGACCGCGCAGCCCCGGAUUGCUAUGGGGUGUGGACGUUAAAGGAAAGGUCAUGCCUUAUGAAGAUCCUCAAGAAGCAGCAGUGUGGGAACGUGCAGUCAAAAACAAGGCGCCACCUUUCUUGAUAUUCCAGUCCGUUUCUGAAAAUGGCUCCACACAGCUACAGUUCGCAUUGAAUCUCCAAGUGAUGGCCCACAUAGGAUUUGGAAAGUUCCCUGAACUCCCAGACAAUAACAAGGCCGAAUUCAAGUGGCGUCUGGUUUCCAACGUGUAUGAUGUCGGCAGAAAGAGACAUCCCCGCUUCACUCUUCGUGAUAACCUUGAUAAUAUCCCUCAUUCACAGCCACCAAAUUUUCUUUUCGACCUGCGAAAGGAACAGCUUCGAUCCCUGAGCUGGAUGAUUUCCCAAGAAGCUGAAGAUAUCGAGCCUUUCAUUGACGAAGAAGUUGAAGAAGCCAGUUUAGCACUCAUGGGAUGGCGAGCCGAAGUCAAUAUCUCGGUUCCACAAGUCGUUCGGGGAGGACUCAUUGCUGAUCAAGUUGGAUACGGCAAAACUGCGGUUGUCCUUGGUCUCAUAGAUUCGCAAUUCGAAGCAGAUAAAGCGAGAAAUGCAACACGUCUCAUAGCCCCUCACACCGAAGGACUCAUCUCAACUAAUGCCACUUUGCUUGUUGUGCCUGCAAAUGUUUUUGAACAAUGGUAUGAAGAGAUUCACAAAUUCCUCGGAAAGAAGUACAAUAUUCUGAAGAUCUCCAAUGUUGCGAAACUUCGAGGCAUUAGCAUUCGCGACAUUCAAACCGCUGAUAUCGUUCUCGUUUCGUGGGCCAUUUUCACCAGCCCUUCUUAUUACCAGCUACUCCGCCUCUUCACAGGUGUUCCAAAGGUUCCCAACAAAGGCAGUAGUGGACGAGCAUUCGAUUGCUGGUUCCAGGAAGCCAAGGAGGCUCUUCGAGACAGAAUCCGAACCCUGACCGAGCAUGGCGUUGAUGACUUCGUGCAAGAACUCUUGGAGAGAUUCGCUGAGCUUAAAAAGGUUCAAGAUGAUGCGUCCUACAUACCAUCCCGUCGACUUCGUGGAGCUGCAUUUGUUCGUGCGAAUCAAAAGUCACUGCAAGCACAACGAGAGUCCCAGCAGGCGGAGGCAGAAGUUCAGAAAGAAUCUGAGGAGGCACAAGAGGAUUUCGAAGAGACACAAGAGGAGCCAACCCUUCAAGCGGGCAACAAGCGAAAGUUCGCUCAUUCAUCCAGCAAGGCGACCUCCAGCAAGGGCAAAGCCAAAGCCAAGCCCCCCCCCCCUAAGCCUAAAGCCAAGCCCAAGCCCAAGCCCAAGGCCAAACCCAAAACCACAUACAAAGGCAAAGGCAAGGCUCGCGCUGAUCCAGAAGAGGAAGACUAUGUUCCCGACAGUGAAAAAUUCGAGACUGAUGACGAGCGAGACGAGUGGGAUCGUGCCACCCAUAAUGCCAACGAAGGCUAUGCUGAAGGCUGGUCAGAACUACCAAAUGCACUAGACGACAUUGAUGACGAUGGCGAGUUUGACGAAGACCAAGAUACAAAGGAUAAGCAUCCUCAGAAGUCCUUCAACUAUGAGAAAGAUACCUUUUCCGAAAGCGAAAUCCGAAGUGCGUUCAAGAUCCUAUCUGAAAAUGCGCCGGAAUCCUCUGACAUGAAAUGUCCAUUCUUCCACGCUUUCCAUUUCAACCGAAUUGUCAUUGAUGAAUUCACAUACGCCCGUGAGGACAAGCAAGUCUGUUUGCAGGGCCUCUCUGCACGAUCUAAAUGGAUUAUGUCUGGCACGCCCGGACUCCGAGACUUUGCUGAUAUCAAGACCAUUGCGCAACAUCUUGGAGUUCACCUCGGAAUUGAUGAUGACGGCGAUGCCCCAUCUCAGAACGAUCGUCUCAAGGUAGAGAGAAGAAAUCUCACCCUAGCUGAAAAAUUCCAAAUGUACCAGCCUCCUCACACCAAUGACUGGCAUAUGAAUCGUCAUCACCAUGCUCAGCGCUUCCUCAACAAAUUUGCUCGUCAGAAUGUUGCUGAAAUUGAUCAAAUCCCUGUGGAAACUCAUGUCCUUCUAUCUGAACAGUUCGCCGCUGAAAGAUUGACGUACGAUGUCAUGUACCAGCGUCUGGACCAUGCAAACAGUAGUCGUUCACGCAAAAUCCAUAACCCGGAUAAUGAUCUUCAGGUUGAACUUGUGAACAAACUCUUCUCUGUAUCGAAGGCUGCAUCUGAGGCUUUAGUGAAGGCUUGCGUGACAGUUAGAAUCUGGAAUGACGAAUACUCUCUUGAGAAGUGUGAGAAAAAGCUCGCGGCCCUCGCUGGGCUGGCAACCAAGCGUGAGACAAAGCUGAAGAGCUUAAUCGCGGAGCAAGUCUUACAUGAAAUCCGAAACACACCCAAUGCUCCAGCUUGGGAAGGCUUCCAAGGAACAAACUUUUCCCCCCAUAAAGUUGGCGAUAGUGAAACUCGUACUGAGUUACUCCAGCUCAUCUCUGAUAUGGUUGUCAAGUUCACCGAUGAGAACGCCGAGAUCCCGGAAGAGAUCCGAAAAAGUUUCGUCCAGCGAACGAAGAAAGCUUUGCCCCAGGCGUCAAAAGACAAAGUGAGAAGAUCCACGGGAGGAAGAUCUUCUAUUGGAAGUACCGGGAACUCUGUUGGGCGCCGAAACUCCAAAUCAAAACCACAGCGCAGAAGAUCAAGCCAGACGAAAGGAAAGAAACCUACUGGGGCUACCGCUGAGGACUCUGCAGGGCCGACCACUACAGAGGACAAGAACGGCGAAACCUCCAAAGGAAAACCACAGCGCAGAAGAUCCAGCAGACCAGCAAAGAUUCAAUCUUUUGAUGGUACCGCUGACGACCCUUCUGAUGAUAGCGACUACGAAAAAGUCUGCAAGGAUCAAUCAUCGCCCCGCAAAAAGAAGAAAACAUCACCUGGAAAGGAAGAGCGACCUACCGAGGAACAUCCACCUACGGGGGACCAGCCACCUUCAGAGGACAAGGCCACUGAAGAAGAAAAGGAAGUGAUUGCCGAGUACAAUGGCCUAGAACCAGCCAAAAAAGCCAAGGUCGAAAAUAGCAUUGCGGCAUCUAUGGCGAAAGACUUAAAUACAGCCUUGAACGACCAUGUGCUAAAUGUCCGCAACACCCGCUUCUGGGGUACAAUGCAGUCAGUUCAGCUCGCAGUCAAACAGCAAACUUCCCCACUUACUUCGUGCUCGAGAUGUACGACGGGCUUGACGAGUUUCUUUGAUUUCACGAUCAUCAGUUCUUGUGGACAUGUCCUGUGCAAAACCUGUCUUGCAAGAUGCGCACGCAAAGAAGCUGACGAGUCCGAUGAUGAAGGAAUUUUACCCCCAGACCCAAAGCCCAGUGACGUAGCCUUCUCAAAGUGCUCCGUCAAAGGAUGUACCGGAGCUGCACGAAUUGCUUGCCGCCUCGACGGCCUAUCGUUGGACAGCGGUUUCAUGAUCAAACAAAGCUGCAAGCUCACUGCUCUCCUCGAACUACUUCAUUCAAUCCCCGACGAUGAGCAGGUCAUCCUUUUUGUUCAGUUCGACGACAUCAUGACCAUGGUCAAUCGCGCUCUGGAAUUCUCCGACAUUGAAUUCCGAGCUAUUCGCACUGGCAGGUUUUCAGGCCUGAAUGACUUCAUCAAGGGUCCUAAAGAUCCGAAUGCACGCCCAGUCAAAGUACUGCUGCUACCACUCCGACGUGAAAUGGCCGCCGGACUGAACCUACAAAAUGCAAACCACCUCGUCUUCAUUGCGCCAAUGGACACAGACAAUCUGCACGACUAUGUUGCAGACAUGACUCAGGCAAUCGGCAGAGCCCGUCGCUAUGGACAGAAGCGUACUGUCAAUAUCUACCACAUGCUUCACCGUGCGACCUCCGAUAUCGAGAUUAUGCAGCGCCGCCGCAAUGAAGUCAUCAUUGAGCGCAAUGGACGAGCCAUGUUCGUUCCUGGGGAGGAAGUCCUCGAUUCUGACGUCGUAGUUGAGAGCCAGCCACUCGGCUUUGUCGAGUCACUGGAUCCCGACUACGAAGGAGGUUUCGAGGAGUGA